AGCAGUUAGAAUCCCAUCACCGUUCUUCUAGAAACAAGAACACGAACAAUACAAACAAUGACCAUCGAUAUCUACUACGCUCCAGUUAGUGGACCAUGCCGCGCUGCCAUGAUGACAGCAAAGCACAUUGGUUUGGAACUGAACGUUAAGAAGAUUAACUUAAUGGCAGGAGAGACCAGAAAACCUGAAUAUCUUGCUAUGAAUCCUCAACAUUGCGUGCCAACCAUUGACGACAAUGGAUUUAUUUUAUGGGAAAGCCGAGCCGUUAUGACUUAUUUUGUCAACAAAUAUGCUCCCGAGAGCGAUUUAUAUCCCAAAGAUCCUCAGAAAAGAGCUUUAGUGGAUAAAAUGCUCUAUUUCGAUAUUGGUCUUUUAUAUAAAACCUUGGCUGAGACUUUGUUUGGACCCCUUUUCCGCGGGGAGAAACUUAAUCCCGAUAAAGAAAAAGCAUUCAGAGAUGCUUUAACUCUGUACGAUGGAUAUCUUCAGAAGACUCCUUAUGCAGCUGGAUCUCAUAUUACUCUGGCAGAUCUGUCAUUAUUAGCUUCACUCAGCUUUACAAUACUGGCAGAUUACGACAUUAGCGAUUUCCCACACGUAAAAGCCUGGUAUGAAAAAGUAAAAGAUGAACUCCCUUAUUACAAAGAAGUUAAUGAAGAACCCAUGAAUGCUUUCAAGGCUAUUUUGGAACAGAAACGGGCUAAAAAAUAAAUAUUUCAAUGUCAGUGUGUUUUAAAUGAUUUUUUGAUAUUGGUCAAUUUUUGUAAAAUUGUAAAAAAAACCAUUGA